AUGGUCGACUUAUGGUACGACGCCUUUGGCGAUCCCAUCAACCGGCGGCUGUAUCCCGAUACCCCCGGGGCGCGCUCCUGGCUAGAGGACUACCACCGCGCCAGUCUUCAAUCCCCUGAUCAACAUUUUCUUAAAAUAGUCACGGAUACCGCACCAACAUCUCCCCUGGUAGCGUUUGUGAAAUGGGACUUCAACACUACCACCCCAGGUCACCACUUUCCACCCCGCCAUGUCGAUUUCGACCAGGCCUUCUGUGACACUUUUUUUGGGGGCUUGGACCAGGCGCGACGGACCAUCAUGGACGCGCGUCCGCACUACUAUCUGGACGCCUUGAUCACCCACCCGGAUUAUCGCCGGCAGGGAGCGGCAUCAAUGCUCAUCCAGUGGGGAUGUGACCGUGCCGAUCAGGACGGGAUCCCCAUAUGGGUUGAUUCCAGUCAGGAGGGGGCCCAGAUCUACCAGCGCUUCGGGUUUCGUGAUGUCAGUGUGUUGGGAGUGACUCCGACCGGGGCUAUGUCCAUGCGGCGGGAUCCCGUUCAUGGCGAGGCCGUGUAA